AAUGUUCUAACCUCUCCACAGUUCGUCACCCUCCUCGCCACCGUUGCCUGCGCCAGCGCUGGAUACCUGGAACCAGCCUACAGCUCGUACUCUGCUCCGGCUCUGGCCUACUCGAGCCCAGCCUACAGCUACGGAUACCAGAACGCUGGACACUCCCUGGCCUACAGCGCCCCGAUUGCCCGCACCUACGCCGCCCCGGCCCUGUCCUACGCCGCUGCCCCGAUCGCUACCUCCUACGCCGCCCCUGCUCUGUCCUACGCCGCUGCUCCGAUUGCCCAAUCGUACGCUGCCCCUGCCCUUUCGUACACCCGCAGCUACGCCCCUGCCCUGUCCUAUGCCCGUAGCUACGCUCCAGCUCUGUCCUACGGAAACAACUACGGAUACUCGUCGUACGCCGCUCCUCUGGCCACCAAGACCGUCGCCAUUGCCCAGCCGGCUGCCAUCGCCGCUCCAGCUGCCGCCCUGAGCUACGCUCCUGCCCACGCCACCAGCUACACCAGCUCGUACAUGAAGUACAACAGCCCGCUGAUCGCCUAUGCCUACUAAGAUCUUCCGGGAGCAAACAGGACGCCAGCACUAGUCACGGCGAACUGCAGAUCGGCCAUGAUUGUUGAAAUGUUGAUUAUUUGAAUAAAAUUUUCGCUUAAAACAAA